AUGGUCGCUUUUCAAAAAUCUCACGAAAAUGAGAGGAAAUUAAUGAUAAAAUGCCGUGAACUAAGAGCUGACAUUUUUUCCAAUGCUGUGCGUCUUGAACACGUGAAAAAAAUUUCUAGCGAAGAUUCUUCGAAUAUAGCAGCCUUAAAAAAAGAACUGGAGUUGGCUUGGAAGCAAGUAGCAAAUGCUACUGACAAAGAAAACAAAGCGCGUCAGCGCAUAAAGCUUCUAAAAGAAGAAAUAGCUGUUCUUGGGAAUAUUAUUGAAAAGGGGGACACGGGUGAGGUUGCAGUUGAUGCGAUAUCUGAGGUCACAAAGAACCUGGAGAAGCUAGCGAAAGAGAAAUCUGAACAAGCUGUUGAGAACGCAAAACUCCGCGCAGAAAUCGAGGCAGCAAAGGAGCAAAUUGCCGCUCUGCAGGACGAUGUUCUUCUCGCCCAGCAGAAGAUUGCCGAGUUGGGCCGAGAUAUUCAAGCCAGGGCCGGUGAUGCUCAACGGGAGUUGCGCAAAAAAGAAAAGAUGGAGCUAGAAAUGAAUGAAGUUCGUGAUGAGGUAGAGCUGAAGCAAACAGAAAUAAAAACCAUUACUAACAUUAUCGAACAACUCCGAAAUGAUUUGAAAUCCCGACAGGAGGAAGACCGCCUUCUAAAAAUCUCUCUAGAGCAGACAAAUCGGCAAUUGCAAGUGACGGAGUCUAAACUAGCUGACGCUCAGUCUAAACUUGAAGCCCAAAUGUCACUAACUGAGAGUGUCAGAGCCGAAAAUCAAAGUCGAAUGAUGGAAGUCAAGCAAAAAGAGGAAGAAGUUUUGGCGAUAAAGUCAGAAAACUCCAAGUUGGUGCGCCUGAAUGAAGUUACCAGCCGUCGAAUUCGUAGUGCUGACGAAAAGAAGCUGGAGUUAGAAAGGUCACGUGACAAGCUACGUGAGAGCAUUGCAGCUAUCGACGGUGAAUUAGAAGCCAUGCGGAAAGCCAUGGACAAUGAUCGAAAGGCCUGUGAAGAAUUAGCUAGAGAACGCGAAAUUCUUUCAAAAACCCUCUUUAAAAUGUCCGGUCAAACUGCUAAGCAGGCGAAUCUUCUGCGCCUCCAUGAACAGUCAAAACGGAAUCUUGAGCAAGAGAUUAUUAAAUACAGGCAAGAGGCCGAAACGCAGCGGCAAAUUAUAUGCAUGUUAGAAAUGGAAAGAGACCGUUAUCUCCAGGAGGCUGCAAAUUUCACUCAAAAGGUUCUCGAUCUAAUGGAGGAGGUAAAACUGCGAGAAAUGCAAAUAUUUGAUUUUAAGAAAAAAAUUGCUGAAGCGCGAACUAAGCUAAAGCAGCAAGAGAACCUUUAUGAAGCUGUCAAGGAUGACAGGAAUCUUUACUCUAAAAACCUUAUCGAGGCGCAGGAUGAAAUUAGUGAAAUGAAACGUAAAUUGCGUAUAAUAACUCUUCAUAUUGCUCAGUUAAAAGAAGAAAUUAUUAACAAGGAUAUGUUGAUGGUUCAGGAGUCCUCAGAAUGUCAGCGAAUGACUCAGGAACGCAAUAACAUGCACAAGGAGCUUCAGCGCAUGAAAGACAUGGCAAAGGAGAAUCGAUUGAAAAUUGAAGCGCACGAGGCAGAAGAGAGAAGACUCUUGAAGAUAAUUGCUGAAGCUGAGUUUGCAAGAGCGAAACAUCGAAAGGAAUUAGACCAAGUGGUUAGUGAAAAGGAUAUACUGGGUAUCCAGUUAGUAAAGCGAAAUGAUGAGUUGGCGAAUCUCUACGACAAGAUUCGAAUUCAAAAAUCCGUGCUGGAUCAGGCUGAAGCGCAAUACAACAAGGUACUUGAGGAUCUAAGACGAGUAAGGGCUGACAUUUGCAGUGCAAGACGAGAGAAGGCCAUGCUACAGGCUAGCGUCUCUAAAAUAGAUGACCUGAAACGUGAGGUUAUCAGAGCUAGGAAGGAACUUGGAUGGGAGCAGACUCGGCUCAAGGCUCUGGAAGAUGAAGCGAAAAAGCCCAUAAAUGUACACCGCUGGAGAAAAUUAGAGGGCAGUGACCCCUCGUCCUUUGAGAUGAUCAAAAAGAUCCACAUGCUGCAGAAACGCCUCAUGGGGAAGACUGAGGAAGUUGUGGAAAAGGAAAUUCAAAUCGAAACUAAGGAGCGCCUUUACGUUGACUUAAAACAAGUUCUUGCUCGUCAACCCGGCCCAGAAAUAGCUGAGCAACUCGUUAUCUACGAAAAGUGUUUGUCCGAAAAGGAAUUGGCUAUGAAGGUAAAUACUUUCAUGUGUAGAUAG